CGUAUAUACCUGGCUGUUCACACGCAGAUAGCGGCUGGCGCUUCUGCGCGUACUCAAGAUUCAAGUCGCAGUGUCAGUCCAAUCUUUCACUUCGCACCUCCACACCACGCCUGCCACACCGAUACUACAUCCACGCCUAUGCAUCAUACGCUGCCUGUCACAUCCAUUCGCACGACUUCGCACGCCGCACACACAAGGCACAGCGCGCUGCGCUAUUGUACGAUCACCACUGCAAUCCACAAGCUUCCGAGCUGCUCUCACAACCGCUUGGCAAUCUGAGCCCGCAGUCGACAUAAGCAAACCUGGUCAAGCCUUUGGCCGAACAUCGUUGCUCUGCGGAAGCAACGGCGCAAAGCGAGCAUCCAACAGCUUAGUCACAAUGUCGCUGCCUAAGCGAAUCAUCAAGGAGACGGAGCGCUUGAUCUCUGAUCCCGCACCGGGCAUCAGCGCUACUCCACACGAAGACAAUCUGAGGUAUUUUGAUGUAAUCGUCGAUGGACCUGGACAGAGCCCCUUCGAAGGCGGCAAAUUCAAGCUUGAGCUCUUCUUGCCGGAAGAGUAUCCCAUGGCGCCACCCAAAGUCAGAUUUUUGACCAAAAUCUAUCAUCCCAACAUCGAUCGAUUGGGACGAAUUUGUCUGGACAUUCUCAAGGAUAAAUGGUCGCCAGCUCUGCAGAUCCGAACCGUUCUGCUAUCCAUCCAAGCCCUCUUGUCUGCUCCCAAUCCCGAUGAUCCUCUCGCCAACGAUGUUGCCGAGCACUACAAGACUGACGAGAAAGCGGCGAUCGAGGAGAGCAGGAGGUGGACACAACAGUAUGCGGUCCCCAAGUGAUUUGCACAAGCUCCUGCGCUGAAAGGCACCGCCACCAAAGCCGAAUGCAGACCGGAACGCGUCGGCCAGAGCACCAGCAGGCAGGCCUGAUACAUCCUUACUGCCCCACCACGAUACGGGCGUACACGAUCAGACAUGCACGGAAACGAUGAUGGCACACAGAAGCACGGAUACUUGCUGAGAGGCACGCAGUCUGAAACUCCCAGGUGUCUUGCGGCAUUGCUGAGGUUUUGUGUUGACGCAUUUGUAAACGUGGAUACUCUGCAAUGCUUCGCAAGGCAUAGCUCGUGUCUUCCUACCGGCCAAAGCGCCUCAAAGACUGCGUCACUCUGAUAGUUCGUAGACAAAGAGAGACUUGUGCGGACGUACAAACAGGUAUAUAUGUGGUACGUAGAAG